AUGGAGGCUGCGGCCACCGCCAAAAAGCGCAAAGCCGAUCUAAUCGAGGGCCAAGAACCAAUGGGGAGUGGCAACAGCGUGGGCGAAAGCAGCCUAGACCUCAUCAGCCGGCUCCCCGAUGAGGUUCUGGGCACAGUCAUCUCCCUCCUCCCCACCAAGGACGGCGCCCGCACGCAGGCCGUCUCCCGCCGGUGGCGUCCUCUCUGGCGCGCCGCGCCUCUCAACCUAGGUGCCGGCAGCGACCUCAUCGGCCAGGACCGGAAGCGAGUCGCCUUCGUCUCCAAGAUCCUCUCCGACCACCCGGGCCCCGCCCGCUGCGUCGCCCUCCCCGGCAUCCGCCUCCGCGACCGCUACGCCAGGAUCGACGGCUGGUUGCGCUCCCGGGCCCUCACCGGCCUCCGGGAGAUCGAGAACCCGCAGCUGCCCUACCCACUACCGCCGUCCGUGUUCCGCUUCGCACCCACCCUCUGCGUAGCCAGCUUCGACUACUGCGACUUUCCCAGAGAGAUGGUGCCGCUGCUCAAGUUUCCCUGCCUCAAGCAGCUCUCCCUAUGUUGCGUCUUCGUGUUGGAAGAUGCUCUUCACAGCUUGCUCUGUGGUUGCCCUGUUCUUGAGAGCCUCUUGCUGGAGGGGAAUGUCGGCGUUGGUUGCCUCCGCAUUAACUCGCCCACUUUAAGGAGCAUUAGCAUUCGUGUUUCUUGCUAUAGGAUAGUAGAAAAUCGUAUCAAACUCCAAGAUCUUGCCUUGAAAGAUUGUUACCACUUUACCCGAUCUGUGUCUAACCUACAGAAGAGUAGGAAAAAUAAGCGGAGCUAUAAUCCACUGGAUCCAAUUGAAUGCGUGCAUCUUAGACAAGUGGUCAUGAUAUAUUAUCAGGGCAUGAGACCUGAUGUUGACUUUGCCAAGUUCUUUGUUUUGAAUGCAAAAGUCCUAAAGAAAAUGGUAUUUGGAUCUGAGAACAGCCGCAAUGAUAAGUGGAUGGCUAAUCAACACAGACGGCUUCAACUGGACAACAGAGCUUCUCAAGGUGCUCAAUUGGAAUUCAUAAGUGGUUCUUGUUUGAUUUCACCCAUGUACAAGAAGCACACACACGAUUUGUGGAUGGAUGAUCCCAUUGACAGCACUUAUGCAGAUGCUGAAUGA